ACACACUAGUUACUGUAACUGGUGAUUCCACGAUCAUAUGCUGUUUCAAAUUGGGAAUUUUGAGGCCGCCCGCCUGUAUAUAUAUAUACUGACCUCUUGUAGUGGGUAUAAUGUGGCAGACAAGAACUGGCUUAGUUGUACAGAAGACAGCAAAGGAACUUGAACACCUGAAUACCAGCAAAGGCACUUGAGAAUACAAGCAUAAGAGAAUUGGGACUGUGUGAAAAGCAUCGUGUUAUAAAGAAAAGGAGCAUAUAAGAGAAUUUUAGUCACUACCACUGUUAAGAUGUUUUCUACCAAGAGCUAUUUAUUUAUCGUUUUGAUCGCCGUUUUCCAUGGUUGUGAGUUUGCUCCCAUUCCAGCAGCAUCUACCAUUGCUCAGACACUUCAGUUGUCUCUCUUCCUCCAAAGCAGGACAGCAGAUCUUCUGUCAACAUACCUCAGUUAUCAAGGAUCACCAUUUAGUGAUUCGGGUUUCAGUUCUCCUGAUCUGGAUUACACUGGUGUGCCAAAGGCUGAGAUCUCGUACACUGCCUGGAGACAAAUGAGUGCUGAAAACCGUCUGAAAGAAAACAUCAAGGCUUACCGGAACUUCACAGAUUUUUUUCUGUUGAUCUCAGAUGACCAGAUGCAGCUGAACCCAUCAAAGUCUGACUUGUUGACCAAACUGAAUAGCACCAAAACGAGCAUUGAAGGUCUCCUUAACAACCUGUAUUCUAUCAUGGCAUCUAUGGGCUUCUCUCUGCCACCUGUGGGCAGCACACUCAGUUCCUCAGCCUACACAGCAGACAGCUUUACCAGGAAAGUCAGGGGCUAUGUUGUCUGUAGGGAUUACGGCUACUGGAUGGACAGGACUGUUCGUGACUUCCAGAAGCUCAGCACUGACUAUCCUAUAACAGCCAAAUGAAAAAGUUGUUUUGGGGCAAAAUGAAUCUAGAAGAGAGAGAGAGAGAGAUUAUUGUUACAAGGAUAGUAGUUAAUAUACAUUGUUAUUUAUUUGUAAGUUAUGUUUUCAUUGAUGUAGAAUGCAAUUCUGAAAAGCACUACAGUUUUCACUUAAACUACUUGAAACUCAAAGUAUGGAUUACUGAAUACAAGAACAUAGUUAGGUGACUGGUAUUGAACUUAUGUGGGCUGUAACAAUUUAGUGAAAGAGUGAUAGUGGGUUGUAAAAUGUAAAACACAUGUAUACACGUAUACACACACACACACACACACACACACACACACACACACACACACACACACACACACACACACACACACACACACACACUCCCUGCUUUGAGAUGAUUAUGCCAUAAAUGCAGUCACUUAUUUAAUGCAUAGUGUGUGUGUUAUACUUCAGCAAUACUAGAUAUUUUACCUGUAACUGCCAACAUAUCAUAUAAAGGACAUACAUAUGUUUAGUCACAUAUAAUUACAUUAUUUUCCACUAAGUCAGAACAGCAGAGCUAGAAAUACCUAACUUUCUGACCUUGCCACUGAACUUUUGAAAAAUAUACAAGAGUUAUUUUUUUAGUAACACUUGAGAGUGUUGCUGCAGGCAGACAGCACUCUGAGAAUGAAAUGCUUCACAUAAUAACACAGCACCACACGGUUUGAGUGUGGGGGGCAGGGAUAUUUCGACAGAAAUCCAGUUCUGCUUCUGAGGUUUUAAUGUUCAUUAUCCUUAUUCGCAUCACAUUGUAAAAUAACUACUUGCACUAGUGGUCAGCCAAGAACAUUCCUACCACAUGUUAAAUUGCAUUUUUUAUUUAUCAAAGAAAAACUAUUUAUAAAGUGAGGAUA